GAGGAGCCCGAACGUUACCACUUCCCUAAAAUCCCCAAUUCUCAUUCUCACUCACUCUCCUCUCCUCUCGUCUUAUCUGAAAACACAGCCCCCAAUAACAACAUGUCUUCUAUGCCUUUGGGGUUAUUCUCUGCCGCCGGAACACCCUCCUUAUCCAAGUCUUCCUCGUCGUCGUCUUUGGUGUCUCUUCAGCCGGCGUCGUUUCGACCGUUCAACGUUAAACUACGCACAUCAGUUACCUAUGCCACCGCUUCGGAGCCUGCGACUGAGACAAAGAAGAGAGCGCCUAGAGGGUUCUCGAAGCCGCGUCCUGUUUCACCGGAAAUGAGGGAGUUUCUUGGCGGUCGAACGGAAAUCCCACGUACCGAAGUUCUGAAAGUGAUUUGGGCUCACAUCAAAGAAAAUGGCCUCCAGGAUCCAAACAACAAGAGGGUUAUCGUAUGCGAUGAGAAGCUGAAGAAGAUAUUUGGAGAAAAGGAGCAGGUUGGGUUUCUUGAGAUUGCUGGCCUAAUCAGUCCUCACUUCAAGAAAGUGGAGAACUAGGUUGUUUCUGUGUAAAUGGAGACUUUACUCUCUUUUGGUUAGUUGGUUGAUGAUAUUAUUAGUACUAGCACUAGUAAGAAAGAAUAGCACCCCAUCCAACUUUUUUUGUAGGUGUUUUGAGAAGCCGAACAUUGUUCUUGGAUCCGUCUGUCUACGGUUUUAUGUCUAUGUUUCACGUAUGCACCUGUUUUAUAUUUCUUGUUAUGUGCUGCUUCUUAACUGUGA